AUGAAUGAGAUCUGCGCCAUAUUAAAAGAAUACAAUGAAAGUGACACUGAAGGAAUAAUAGAUUUAUUCAAAGAAUACAGUGUUAACCCAAAAGAUAAAAUGGAAGUUCACGCUAAACUCAAAGAACUGGACUAUUCUAAACUGAUGACAUUUGACGCUAAUGGGUUGUACGCUUCCGCCAUGACAGAAGGUGAAUAUCCUAAAGCGGAAAGUGCAAGAGCGUUUCUACCAGAAGAAGAAAAAGAAUUUGUAAAACUCUUCAAUAAACAAAAAUUCAGACCUAGAACUGCUAUUUUAAAAGUCUGGUUUGAAUAUCCCAAAAACAUGUUCUUUCACCCCAUACCAGCUAAAGAUAAAAUAACUUUUACGAAUAGAAUAGGUAAGAAGGAAACUGGGAGUAAAAUCAGGUUCAGAAAUGGUUUCUGUCACGACGUUUUAACAUCAGUUGAUAUUCAAGAAAUAGUGAAAUCCGGUGGUAAAAUUAUUAGAAUAUCAGAAAUGGUAUAG